GCUCUCGCAGAAGUGGUCUCGCAGAAGUGGUCGAGGCGCUCCCCACGCAGAAUUCGUCGAGACGCUCCCGCAGAAUCAGCCAUUCCAUCGCGGCGGCGCGCUUUUGCUCAAAGCAGCCUGGCAGAGGCUUUGGUUUCUCCCGCGCUCGGCGACUUUCGCUUCAGUCGUAGGCGCCGCAGCCCCUGCAAUGGAGGACGAGGGAGACAACGAGUUCGUGAGCGAGCAGGUCAACGAGACGGUGAAAUCGGCCAUCACGAAGACGCUAGGAAGCAACGUCCAGUACAGCGAGCAGAGGGUCAACGUGUGGUGCACUGCCAUCAUGGACGAGUGCCUCAAGGAGCAGCGCACGGUGCUGCCUCUAUGUGGUCACGUGCAUCAUAAUGCAGAAGAACGGCUCCCCGCUGCACACGGGCCUCGCGCUGCACUGGGACUUCAGACACGAAGACGGACGGCGUCUCCUGCGUCCAGGUGGGCCUCGACACGAUGGACGUCAUCGUCACGGUCUACGCGUGCAUGA